AUGGGCAACUGCGUCCAGAGCAGCGGCGGCGCCGUAGAACCAGGGCGCCAGCAGCAGCAGCUGCAGCGGAGGAGAAGCGCCGCCGGUGACGAGGAGGAGGUAAUAAUUGAUGAAGGGGUGGCGCCGUCGGUUAUGAAGGUGAAGAUGGUGCUGACCAAAGGCGAGCUGGGGUGGCUGGUGGCGCAGCUCAAGGCCGGCGACCGCCGCCUCGAGGACGUGCUCCAGGAGAUGGCGCGUAAGCGUGAGGGCCGGGCCGCCGACGACGGGUGGCGGCCCAGCCUUGAGAGCAUCGUCGAGUGCCCGGCCGAGACGGCGGCCGCCACCUCCGAUGAUUAG